AUGCCUAAACGAUUAAAUUUUCCCGGCCCUAACAAAGAAAUCGUUGAAUUAGAAGGAACAAAUUUCUUCUUAAAAGUUGAAACCUUACCGCAACCAAAACACACGCAGACGUUUUUUAUUUUAAAAGACUUUGAAGAAGAAUGCGAUGUUUCAGAAGAAAUUAAAUGUGUAGAUAAAACGAAUAAUAUCGAAAAUAUAAAAAUGCCUU